UAUCGCAUCGGUAACGAAGACGUCAACAGAGUAAAAAGAGUGAAGGCGGUGUAUAAAAUACCCGAAAACUACUUCCAAAUGGGCUUACUGGCCUUUUUGAAGGCCAAAUUGGGUAGCAACCCAAACCGCAAACUUCAGAUCCUCCUCCUUGGUCUUGACAACGCCGGCAAGACAACGCUCAUUCGAGGACUAGCUCAAGAAGAUAUCAGUCACAUGACACCAACGCUAGGAUUCAACAUCAAGACUGUCAAAUGCCACGGUGUGGACUUGAAUGUGUGGGAUGUUGGAGGUCAGAGAACGAUUCGACCUUACUGGGGGAACUACUAUGAGAAAGCUGAUGUUCUAAUUUAUGUAAUAGACAGUGCAGACACUACACGCUUGGAGGAAACAGGAGAGGAGCUUGGCCAGCUAUUGGAAGAAGAGAAAUUAUCCGGUGUACCACUGCUAGUCUUUGCAAAUAAGCAGGACCUUAUUAGCGCAGCAACAUCAGCAGAUAUUGCGGAAGGCUUAAAUCUUCACACAAUAAGGAACCGUGUUUGGCAGAUCAAUGCUUGCUCUGCAGUCACAGGGGAAGGAGUUGAGGAAGGAAUGGAGUGGAUAGUGAAGAACGUCAAAGCAAGGUAACAUUUUGCCCAAUCAUCCGAUGCUGCAAACGAAAGAGAGUCAAAUUCAAGUGGCCUUAAUUUGUUCAAACCAAACAGCUGCAAAUCAAAUUUGUAGAUUUUUUUCUUUUAUUAGUUACCGGCUUGCCUCCAGAAGUUGUGGAAACAAUUUUGUCCUUGUCAUCAGAUUUGUAUGGUUAACUCACCACCCUAAUCUGGGCCCAAUUUCAUGGCUCUGCUUACUGUAAUAAAAGAAUCAACGCUUACGGAUGGAAGCAGGAGAUUAUGGGCUAAUGUCAAGCGUAUUUCACAGAUUUGCAUGGAAUUUUUACUUGUGCGUGUGCGUACUCCUUGUUACUAGGCAUUCUUCGCAUACACAGCUAGCGUCUGCGCUUGCAUAGUAAGCGGCGACUGGUGAUCGUAAGCACAGAAUAUGGGGGUAAGCAGAGCCAUGAAAUUUGGCAAACUUGAAUUUGUGCGACUUACAGGUACGCUCAUCGUGAUUAUAGUCUGCUUGUGGCAAGACAUGGACUCAUGAACUCUCACCCAGUCACCGCAUGCAUGCUUGAUAACCAUCAUAGCACAAACAAUAGCUUUGAAGGGCACCUUCAUUAUUUUUGCACAGGCGUGUGCUGUAACUGGGUGAGAGUAAAAGAAGUAAAUAUCUGUCCACAGACUCCCUCUGAUCAUAAUGACAGUGCCCCUUUAGCUGUUUUAUGGUACCCACCACUUGGAUUCUACCUUUUGAUUGGUUUAGAGCUCACCAUCUGACAUGUCUUACUUUUGCUAGAAAGCUGUGCAAGCACGACGCAAUCAAUAUAUAAUACCUGUAGUAACCAAUGUACUAUACCCAGGUGUUGUAACAAAUGUUUACUUAUUUUCCUGAGCAAUAGUUAAAACUACAACUUUCUUGUGAUAUCUGGAGCAGCAUUUUUUCACAUGGCAUUGACACGGAUAAAUAGAAUGCUUAAUGGAACACCUUGGGGUAGCUUAAACCAUAGCGCUCAAAGCAGUCGAUAUUUGUACCUCCAUUAAAAUAAUUCCCCUAAGUUUUAUUGUUGUGUUUCUCUUUUAAAGGCAGUGGACACUAUUGGUAAUUGUCAUAGACUAGCCUUCACAGUUGGUGUAUCUCAACAUAU